AGUGCAGUCAAUAGCCGCAAGAUGCUGAGAUGUUUCGAAGUGUCUUUAUUGCCUAGACGCCAACAGGGAAUUUGAGUUCAGAAAAUGGCGUCUCCUGGCUUGGUGGUGGUUUGUGUUCUAACAAAACAUUAGAUUUUGUUGAAUGGUACUUUUAAAAUGUGUGUUUAUGUGAAAUAGGACAUUGUAAUAUAGUUUUUAACAUUUCAUAAUGACAUCUAACAUGUAUCGAAUUGGAGAUUAUGUUUAUUUCGAGACGUCCUCCACGUCACCGUACCAAAUCCGCCGAAUAGAGGAAUUGCACAAAACUAGCGCUGGAAAUGUGGAGGCAAAGGUGAUGUGCUUCUACAGACGAAGGGAUAUACCAAGUCAACUUAUACAACUCGCCGACAAACACCAAUGUGCCUUAGACUCGGAAUCGAGCAGCAGUCCGGUCCUGGACGCCAGUGGCGGGGGCGUAGUCAGUUCCCGCGAUCAGCUGACCCCCAAGCAACGGCAUCAAGUCAAACAUCGAGAGCUUUUUCUAUCUAGGCAGGUUGAAACGUUAUCGGCCACCCACAUCAGAGGAAAAUGCACAGUGACACUUUUCAACGAGACGGAAUCUCUGAAUUCGUAUCUGGGCAAGGACGACCUAUUCUUCUACUGCCUCGUCUUCGAUCCCACCCAGAAGACCCUGCUGGCCGACAAGGGCGAGAUACGCGUCGGCAACCGCUACCAGUGCGACGUGCUGCCCCCGGUGCGUCGCGAGACCGACCCCGCCGACGAGCGCGACACCGACCAUCUAGAGACCCUGGUCUGGACGCCCGAACACGGCCUGACCGACCGUCAGAUCGACCAGUUCCUAGUCGUGUCUCGGUCGCUCGGCACGUUCGCUCGAGCACUCGACUGCAUCUCGUCCGUGAAACAGCCGUCCCUUCACAUGUCCGCCACCGCGGCCAGUCGGGACGUCACCCUUUUCCACGCGAUGGACACCCUCCAUAGGCACGCCUACGAUCUGGGCGCGGCCACCUGUUCGCUGGUGCCCGGUAGCGGGCCCGUGUUGUGCCGAGACGAGAUGGAAGAGUGGAGCGCCUCGGAGGCGAACCUGUUCGAGGAGGCGUUGGACAAGUACGGCAAGGACUUCAACGAUAUCAGGCAGGAUUUCCUGCCGUGGAAGACGCUGAAGAACAUCAUCGAGUACUAUUACAUGUGGAAGACGACGGACAGAUACGUGCAGCAGAAGAGGAUCAAGGCGGCCGAGGCGGAUGCCAAGUUGAAACAAGUGUACAUUCCGAACUAUAGUAAGCCAAAUACAGCUGCCAUGAACAACAACAAGGGCGUGGUCAACGGUAACAGUAACGGUGGGACCGACUUGACGUCUUCUCUGGGUGGAAAAGCCUGCGAAUCUUGUAACGUGACUGUGUCGAGUCAAUGGUACGCAUGGGGUCCUUCACAUAUGCACUGUAGGUUAUGUCAGAAUUGCUGGAGUUAUUGGAAGAAAUACGGAGGCCUAAAAAUUCCAACACACUUCGGCGAUGGUAGCGAUUACGACGGCAAUGGUAAAAAAAGAUCGGGUAGCGACUUGGAAGACGAUCGGAUAUCGUUGAUGGGCCACCGUCCCCACAGGUGCAACAUAGGGGGCUGCGGCAAGGAGUUCAAGCUCAAGACCCACCUGGCCAGACACUACGCGACAUCUCACGGCAUAAUGGUGCGUUCCGGAUCGCCCAGGCCGAUCAUGAAGACGCGCACCGCCUUCUAUCUGCACACCACCCACCUGACCAGGAUCUCGAGACGUCUGUGCAGGCACAUCAUGCGACCGAGACACGCGGCUAGGUCGCCCUUCUCGCCGAUCAACAUACAGGCGGUGAAGAUGGAGUGCGGCGCCAGGAUCAACGGCAAGAGCGCCGAGGAGCUGAGACGGCUGCUGAUUUACAGGAAGAGGAAUAGAGGCAGCGUGACGCAGAUAGCGAACAGACUCGGCAACCCCGGCCAGGUGACUGCCCCGUGGCUGAUACUGACCGACAAAGACAGCCUGCCCAAGCCGGAAAGGGUGGCUUUCCCCAAACCUCCUAAGGCUCCGGACGGUAGUUUGAUGUACGACAGGAUUCCCAACAAACCCGAGGCGGAGAAGAUACCGCUGAACAACGUGCCAUCUUCGUUGAAGAAGAGGACCUACGACGAGAUGAACGGUGGACCAGACAGUACCACGAUGAACAUACUGCCAACCAUGCCGAAAAGGAUGACCAAGGAGCCGAUGCAGGUCCAGCGGCCCGAACAGUACCAGGGCAUCAUGCAGCAGCCUCAGCUGGUGCCAGGUCACGUGUUGUCGCGUCAUAUCGCGCAGAUCAACGGCAAGCCGAAGAUCGCCCAUAUGACGAGGACGGGUUCCGGAAGGAAGCAGGUCAUCAGUUGGAUGGACGCGCCCGAUGACGUUUACUUCCGGGCGACAGAAGGGAGCAAGAGAAUGAGAAGACAAGUGACAUUAACGGAUUUAAGACGUGCUGCAAGAAAGCCCUGGAGGCAGCUCAAAGUGAAAAUGGACGAUUUACAAGUGGUGGUUCUCGACUAAUUGUUUGAGCGUGUGUUUCGUCAGUAAGUGCUCAAUGCGUGCUUCGCAACAAAAAAAAAACACAGUAUCUCAGAUGAGGUUGAUGGUUUUUUAGGGGACGGCCGUUGAAAUGGAAACGCUGAAGGUUUUUUACAAAUAUUAAACGCACUGUUUGGGUAACGGAAGAAAAUUAAUUUAAUUUUGUGAUCUUUGCGACGAAAAAUUUUUAGUUGUAAAAUUUUUAUCGAAGAUUUUUAAUUCCGUUGAAUCUUCUCUCGAUGACUAGGUGUGUCUCUAGUCAGUUAAAUUGUGUUUUUCGGUAGUUUUUUUAUUGAGUUUGAUGGAUUCUUGUUGUCGCCGAGUAUUUUCUUACUUUGUACCUGACCAAAUGGAAUUCAGACGGAACCUUCAGUACUUUCCAGGGAGCCAUUUCAGAAAAUGCCAGUUUUCUAGAGCAAUAAACAAUUGUUGACCCAUUACUGUAAAACAGAGACUGAGAAGAGAGUGUAUGAUCAUACAUGGUGAUGAUUACUUUGCACAAAUUAUCCCGUUAUUUGGGAAGUUCAUUUUACUAGUUUUACAUUUGUAUAAAAUAUUUAUUAGUCUAUUUGUUAUUAUUUAUUAUUGUACAUAGUUCUUCUUGCAUUCUUAAUGAUCCCUUCGAAAACAGAAAAUUGUAUCAAUGUAAUUUUCUCAUGUGUAAAAUAAAUACGUUUACCACAUUACAAUAA